UUUUUUUUACAUAAAAACAGGAGAAAAUAUUUUAUAAAACCCGUACUGCCGGGUUUCAGGAAACCACAGAGUAAACAGGCUAAACUUGUAAUAAGUUGCAUUAAUAACACCGAGUAUUCAGUUUGGUUUUCGAUCACUCGGUUUUCGUGACUAGGCUCUUGAUCUCCUCCGUCAAAUAUUCCUUUCUUUGUGAUUUCCUCCGUCAAUUGAGAGGUGGAUGAAAGAUAUGCUGUUUCUUGGAGAGGAAUCGGCGAAAAAUUGAUAAUGAUAAAUUCUCUUUUUUCUCCGGCUUGCAACAAUUUUAUUUGCUUCAAUGGUAACUGGAUACAAUCAUUACCUAUAACGCGUGGCAUUGCAUUCCCUAAAGGCUGUACUACCAAAGUAUCUGCAAUGUCUGGGAAUGUAUUCAAGUGGGCAAACUCAGACGACAGUGAUUCUUCUACCUCAUCACCUGCGCUGUCUCUUACUCCCAAUUACAUCCUUCCUGUGGAAAGAAGGCCAAAUUUAGCUGAAGUGUCCAAGUCAGGUGACAGUGUUCCAAUAAUAGAUAUGGGAAGGGGAGAUAUCGACAAUCUUGUCAAAGAGAUAGCAAGAGCAUCUGAGGAGUACGGACUUUUUCUGAUCAUAAAUCACGGUGUAACAGAAGAGCUUUGUGAAAGCAUGUUGUCUGCUGUUACUGACUUAUUUCAUCUUCCUCCUCAAGUUAAGGCUCGUCUUGUGUCAGAUGAUCCUACUAAAGAUGUAAGGAUUUGCAAUCAUUUCCGAAAAGCUGAGGACAAGGGCAACCAAAUGGCUAAGAAAUUUAGCAUGUGGAGUGAGGUUUUUAAACACUCUUGGCACCCGGCUGAUGACAGUUUUGCUGAACUUUUGCCAUCAGAUCCUCCAAACUACAGGAGGGUAGUGACUGCAUAUGCUAAAGAAAUCGGAUUUGUCAUGAGUUUGCUUCUGAAUUUGAUGUCACAAGGUUUGGGACUGGAGGGAGAUGUUUUACAAGAUAGGUUAGGGAAAAAUCCCUUGUUUAGGGCUCAAGCAAAUUACUACCCACCUUGUUCAAACCCGGAUCUUACACUCGGAUUGGGUGUUCACACUGAUAGAGAUGCACUGACGGUUGUGCUACCAACUUCAAAUGUGGAGGGUUUACAGAUCAUGAAGGACAACAAAUGGAUUGUGGUUGAUCCUGUUCCAAAUGCUUUAAUUGUUAAUAUAGGCGAUCAAUUGCAGGUUUUAAGCAAUGGUAAAUAUAAAAGUGUGCUGCAUAGAGUAGUGACUAAUGAACACCAAAGUAGAGUGUCACUGGCAAUGUUUUAUGGCCCAGACAAAGACGCUUUAAUUGGCCCAAUUGAGAAUUUGAUCGACAAUCAGCAUCCUCAACUCUAUCGGAAUUACUACUUUAAGGAAUUUCUUGUAGUCUAUAGAAACCAGGAAGGGAAGAAUCGCAAGAUCAAAGAGUUUUUUGAGAUUUAAUGGUAGAUGGCGACUUGUUUGACAGGAAUGCAGUUUAACUUAAGGUAGAUUCAACUUAAAGGAGGUUGAUUAGAUUUAGCUAGGUCUGUUAGUAAUUCAAUUUAAUGUUGGAAUGUAUAUAAAUUAAUAAUAUUGCUUUAAUUAUAACCUUUUUAUCAUUAAAUGAUCAGUUGGUGUUCUUUUUCCAUGUA